GAGUUACCACUUCUCACAAAGAUGGCGAGCUCUUUCACACGUCUGAUCUCUGGCCGUAACACGGCGGUGCUGUUGGCCGGUUUGGGCGCCGGAACCAUGGCGACCGGCUUCCUGUUGAGUGAAAACGGCUCCCUGGCUGCUGACAUGAAGGCCAAACUCUAUCCUCCCAGCGCCGACUUCCCCGACCUGAGGAAACACAACAACUGCAUGGCCUCGGCUCUGUCUCCGGCCAUCUACGCCAAACUGAGGGACAAGCUGACCCCCAACAACUGGACCCUGGACCAGUGCAUCCAGACGGGCGUGGACAACCCCGGACACCCUUUCAUCAAGACGGUGGGCGCCGUGGCUGGCGACGAGGAGAGCUACGAGGUGUUUGCUGAACUCUUUGACCCCAUCAUCAAAGACAGGCACAACGGCUACGACCCCAGAACCAUGAAGCACCCCACGGACCUGGACGCCUCCAAGAUCACCCACGGCGUGUUCGACGACAACUACGUCCUGUCGUCUCGUGUCCGGACCGGCCGCAGUAUCCGCGGGCUGAGCCUGCCCCCGGCGUGCUCGAGGGCGGAGCGGCGUGAGGUGGAGCGGGUGGUGGUGACGGCGCUGGCCGGCCUGAAGGGAGACCUGGCCGGACGCUACUACAGCCUGGGAGACAUGACGGACAAGGAGCAGCAGCAGCUCAUCGACGACCAUUUCCUGUUUGACAAGCCGGUCUCUCCAUUGUUGACUUGUGCCUUCAUGGCGAGAGACUGGCCAGACGCCAGAGGCAUCUGGCACAACAACGAGAAGACCUUCCUGAUCUGGGUGAACGAGGAGGACCACACCAGAGUCAUCUCCAUGGAGAAGGGAGGCAACAUGAAGAGAGUGUUCGAGAGGUUCUGCAGAGGACUCAAACAGGUGGAGCACCUGAUCCAGGAGCGAGGCUGGGAGUUCAUGUGGAACGAGCGUCUGGGCUACGUCCUCACAUGUCCCUCUAACCUGGGCACUGGACUCAGGGCGGGGGUGCACGUACGCCUGCCAAAACUCAGCCAGGACGCACGUUUCUCCAAAAUCCUGGACAACCUGCGGCUGCAGAAAAGAGGCACCGGCGGCGUGGACACAGCUGCUACUGGAGACACCUUCGACAUUUCCAACAACGACCGUCUCGGCAAAUCUGAGGUGGAGCUGGUCCAGCUACUGGUGGAUGGAGUCAACUACCUGAUCGACUGUGAGAAGAAGCUGGAGAAGGGACAGGACAUCAAAGUCCCAGCUCCCAUCGUUCAGUUCAGGAAGUAAAAGCUGGCACAUUGGCUUCGGGAGGGCAGCUCAGCUCAGAUGGACGUGGUUUUCUUUAUUUCAUCUGCUACGAUUGAUUGCAAAUCUUUAGGGAAACCUAAUCUUAGACAUGAACUGCAGUCAGGGGGAAUUCUACCUCACGUUUAAGGUCUUCACUGUAACCCUGACUUCAAUAAAACGACAUUAAACACUGA